AUGACUGACAGGUCCAUAUUCCGAAAUAUUGACCAAGAUCGACAUGCUAUUCAACGCAUGAUCCAAGAUGAAUCUAAGGUAAAUCAAGAUACAUUACCUGAGAAAUUGAAUGGUAUCACAGAUAUUGUGUUACUAGUUAAUACCACUCAAAAUGAAGAUUUAAGUAAACUUUUGAUUGUUCCUGUCGAAACUAAAGGUCAAAUCUUAUAUCAUAAUAACCCGUCUGUUGCUUACGAAGAAUCUCUGCAAUUAUUAUUUGAUAAUGCUCACAAGUUCAAUAAUCCUGAAUGUCCAUUAACAGUCACCUUACAAUUUAAACUUGGUAGCCAUGAAGAUGGUAAAAUCUUAAAUGAUUUAAUUUUAAAAGCUAAUGCAAUUGAUUUUUUGGGAUGUUUUAAAUUCAAACUCUACAUAUUCAAAAUAGUGGAUGAACGUCCAAACAUAUUUGAGAUGCCCCCAUCAGUGUAUUUGACUCCAUUAAAUUGUAUUGCCUUCAGAUUUGAUUCUAAUUUUGUUCACAGAUCCGUUGACGAUGAUAUAUGCAAUCUACAAUUUAAAGAAUUUAAACAUACAUAUCCAACAGUAUCAAUUUCCUGGUUAGGUACUGAACUUGAAGAAUUGCACAUAGGUCCUAAAGUUCGCAUUAUAGAACAAGAGAAGACUUUAACAAGUGGAAAAUUCCCCAAAUUGCAAAUCUUUGGUUCUGAAUGUAAUGAAUUCCAAACUAUGUUAACUUUAGAAAAGAUUCUUUUGCAUAAUAAAGAUUCAAUCAAGAAUCUAACUCUUUUCAGUGAUCCUAUGUUAGUUAUACCAUAUCCAAUGCCAUCUUUAGAAAAAUGUGUGGUAAGAGGUUAUCAUUUACUUUCCAAUAGAAGACGAGCUUGGCUUUUCUAUACUGCAAAAUCAGCACAUUGUUAUGGACAAAGAUUUGAAUAUUUUGGUGAUGAUAUUCGCCGAAUUCUAAGAAAAUUCAAACAGGUUCGUUUCUAUUAUCUGUUUGACCGUGAAGAGAAACCAGUGAUAAUAAAAGCAAAAAGGAGAGAAGAGACGGAAGAUUACGCCUUUCCUGAAUUUAUUCCACCACCAUUUUUACCUCCUGCUAUUACUAUUUACUAUAAUGAUACUAUACUUUGA